AUGCAUGAAUAGAAUGUCUCCACAACUGACCGUUUUGUUAGUUAUUUUCUCCCUCCAUUGCUAUAUGAGUGAUAUGGCAAUGGCCUCAGAUCCAGACCCACUUCAAGAUUUCUGCAUACCCAACACCAAAUGGGGUUAUGGAAGAGCUGCCCGGUUGGAUACCGUCCCAUGCAAGAACUCAUCGGAGGCCACCACCGAUGACUUUGUCUUCUCCGGCCUGAAAAAACAGGCAGAAGAAUUCUCCAACAUGGGGAUCGCAGCCGUCUCGGUCACCCCACAAAUGUUUCCGGGGCUUAACACACUGGGCAUGUCGUUUGUUCGAGCAGAUAUCCAAGUUGGUGGAAUCAAUGCUCCACACUUCCACCCUAGAGCUACUGAAAUAACAUACGUGUUGCAAGGAAAGGUAUAUUCAGGUUUUGUGGAUUCCACAAACCGGGUUUUUGCAACGGUGCUUGAGCAAGGAGAGGUGAUGGUAUUUCCAAGAGGCUUAGUGCACUUCCAAAUGAACGUUGGAGAAUCGCCUGCCACAGUGUUUGGAUGUUUCAACAGCCAAAACCCAGGAGUUCAAAAGAUCCCAUCUGCCCUUUUUGGGUCUGAGAUCAAAGAUGAGCUUCUGGAGAAGGCUUUUGGAAUGACUCCUAAGCAAAUAGACAAGAUGAGAAGAAAGUUUGUUCCCAAAGGUUAAGUUAGAGCCCGCCAAGAAAGGCUAUUUUGGUGAAUUGGGUCUCGUACUUAAUUGCAUGUUUUGCUGGUUUUGUUCUUUGAUUAUUGAGAGAUAAAUUAGAUACGCAGAAUAAUUGUUUGAACACUACGAAAUGAGUUUUUUGCGUUCCAAUGCUAUAUUGCAACAAAGUUUGAGAGAGAUGGUUUUCAUAGA